GACAGGCGUCACUCGUGGUCAAAGUGGACUGUGGUGAUGCUGAUGUUUUUUUCUCUCUGUGUUCCAGGCCAGCGUCACCUGCUUUUGCUAUACCGCUCCAAUGCUGGGUAAGUCAACUACAGGAGAUGUCCACUGAAAUGCGUCUGCAGGAGGACACACUCGACCAGGAGGAGACCAACUUCUGGGAAGAGCUUCAGGAGAAGUAUUUGAAACCUUUGCCUGUUGACAAAGAGAAACAGAAAAAAAUGGCGAACGACCUGAAGGAUUUGAGAAACAAGAUCAACUUUGCCUUCUUCAUUAUUAACGCCCUGUGGCUGAUGGCGACCUUCACGCUCCAGGUCUUCUUCGAUGGUCCCUAUGCCAUCAAGGUCCCAAAGGUCACACACACCUUGGAAGCAACUGGAGAAAUGGUAACGAUCGACCCCGUCGCCUUCAUGUUUAUCGUGGGAUUUGCAACGUCGGUCACCAUCCAGUUCUUAACCAUGUUCUACCACAGACUCUUCACCUUGAUCCAUUUUGUGGCCUUUUUGGACACAGAGCCCAAAGACGACAAACUGGAAAAGCAUAAAAAGAAAUAUCUGAAAGGAAAAAAGCUUGACUCAGACUCUGUGUCCAACGUCGACUCUGUGUCCAACGUUGACUCCACCUCCAUCGCUGACUCCACCUCCAUCGCUGACUCCAGCAUCACUGGCACGUCACAGGAGGACUCGGACACGGAAGGGAGCGACUUUGAGUCCUUCUCACAUUUUAGCCGUCAAGAUGACGGGACGCUCGUUUAAGCACACACACACGGAUUCACAAAAAACAUUUUAGCACUUUUUAAAUUUCUACUGUACAAAAUGUUUUUAUUUUGUUACUUAUUUAUGUCAAGUGUUUACUUGUUGUUGACGUAUUUUAGAUAAAACUGUGUCGGGAAGAAUGAAGGAAGAAAUGGACUCAGGGAACUAGUGUUGGUAAAUGAAAUGAAAAGCACCAACAAUAAUGGCUCAGUAAAUGUAACACUGUUGAUGAUAAUUAUGAAGGACCGUCUGCUGCUUCCAUAUUUAAUGCACUUAUGAAACAAAUGUAAUGUGAAGUGGAAUGAAUGAAGUUGAUGUCACUGUUUCUGCAGCCUGGCUUAAAAAAAAAGAAAAACUUUACACAUCGUAUGAACCCACUGAAAACACAAACUUUGCAUAUCAACGGACACACAGUAUUUUCUGAAGUGAAAAUAUUUGACGUUCGCAAACUUAACUUAACAUGAACUAUUGAAAUGAAAUUAUUACUUUAAAAGAGGCAGGGGUUAGAGAAGAUGAAAUGACACAUUUUUACGUAAUUUAUGUUAGGAGUGUUUGAAGUCCCAAAUAAAUCUGUUAAUCACCUUUAAUUGUGAUAAUGACCUAGUUAUGAAUUGAUAAAUAUAAAAAUAAGCUCAAAAACAAAAGUGUUUCCCGCCUUAAUGGAUUAGAAAGAAAGAAAGAUGGUGGAUUGAAUGGAUGCUGCUGUAAUGAGGUGUAACGGAGCAAAUACACUAUAUAAAUAGCAAAUACAAAUGUAGGAUGUUUAUUUAUGUCACAAAUAUCUCUUGCUCAAAGGUGUUUCAGUGUAAAUAGAACUUUUGUUGAUUUACAAUUGUAUGUUAGUGUUUUUAUGUUUACAUGCCUGUUUCUAAAAAAAACCCUACUUUUUCAAAUAAAUGUUCAAAAAUUAACAU